ACAAAAAUAAUUGGGUCCCAAGCGCGCUAUUUCGGUUUUGCUGGUUAUGCGUUCUGGUCUGUUAUUUUUCAUUGUAUGCGUAUCCAGUUUUGUUGCGCUUGCUAGAAAGGAAGGCAAUGAACCAGAUAAAGUUGAACCCGUUACUUUUAAUGUAAAGGGUUGCUUGUUAUUAUCAACAAUCAUGAAGAUUCACAUAUCAAAAUCAGACUCUGAAGAUUCGGAAUCAGUGUUUAUAACGUAUAUCAACUCAACGAAUGCUAAAAGCAUCAACAGCAGCGGCAUAUGUAUGAACUCUACUAGCGAAGAAUACAAUCUUUUAAACUUGAUUUGGAAGCCAACUGGUUCUAUGGGCAAUUGGAAUUUAUCAUUUAAUUUUUCUCAUACCUAUCCUGGUUAUUAUGGUCUGACUAAAGUCUACUUGUUGUACUGGUUGAAUGGAUCGGAUCGAUCUAAUGCUGCUGUUGCUAUCAAUGAUAAAACAUUAUUUUCAUGUGCAAUUGGUUCAUCUUUUACUUGUAUAAAAGAACAAACAUUUGAAUUAAAAGAUAAAUUGUCAAAAUUAACAAAUAUACGAUUAACAUUUAGUAAUUUUCAAGUUGAAGCAUUCAGAAAUAGUAGCAAUAAUGAUGAUAAUAAGAAUAGAUUUAUUGGACCAACUUACUCUUGUUCAGCUGAUUAUGUACAAACAAAUGUAGUUCCAAUUGUUGUCGGUGUUUUAUUAUUCAUGGUUAUUAUAACAUCUGUUCUAUUCAAGUUUAUUAUCAUAAAUCGAUGUCGUCAAUCUAAUUAUCAACAAAUAUAAUGUAUAGUUUAGUUAGUUAGUUAAUUAGUUAUCACAUCACAUCACAUGAUAAUAGGCCUAUUAUCAAUAUCACCACAUAAUAAAUAUAUAUAACAACUACUAAUGACAUCAAAUCUCAGAUCUAUCUAUCUAUCUAUCUGACUGAUGGAUGGUCGGUUGUGUGUGUGUGUGUAACCAUGGAUUUGAAUAGUAAGUGUUACACGCCAUUUUUUUUCCUCAUCUACAUUGUUUGUUUUGUUCUUUUUUUUUAAAAAAAAAUCAAUUUCUCCAUUUCAUCAAUCAAUACUUCUUAUUGCUGCUGCUGCUCAUCUAAUUAUACCAUUAUAAAUUUCAAAUAUUUUAUAUUUUUUAAUUUCUUUACAGCAUUUUUUUUGCUUUUGUAUUCUAAUGACUUUAAUUUUUUUUGUUUUAAGAUUUCUGGUUAUUUUUGUCAAUUCAAAUACAUUGUCAUUCAUUCAUUGUUUAGUAAAUUGUAUUGUUAGUUAUUAA